AUGCAUGGCUGCUCCAUCACGUCCCCACCCACUCACAUUGCCGAUCCAUUGGCGUCGCAUCCAGACAGUCCAAAUGACAUAACUCCUCUAGGCUGCAUUGAACAGGAACGAUGGGCGGUUCAGGAAGGCUACGAACACGACACAUCAAUGUUUCUAUCGUCGUUGAACCACGGAAUGUCUCGUCCACCUAAUCUAAAUGCGCCGCUUAGAGUCGGGUGCUUUGGUGCCACGGGCGAAACCGGAGGUGGAAAAAUCUUGCAAUGCUACACUGGGUCAACUACGUGGGUCUACUCAUCUAGCAUCCUCUGGGAUACCAUGGCUGCUACCCGUGUUUAUGCACCUGUGCUCUGUGUAGCCGAAAAGGAAGUCGGUGAAACCGAACGAGGAGUUGUUCUCACUCACGUAAUGGGGCUGAGCUUCCUACUCUAUGGGACAACACACGUCGCCCUUCGCUUUCGCAAACAAAUUUGGCAAGUUGAGGAGGAGGAGUGGUGGAAGCAGGAGUGA